UGCAGUAGUGCGGUCCUGAAUCAGUGCGGAUGAGGCCAGUGUGAAAGGUGUCGGGUGUCAGAGUUAAGCUCCAGCAGUAGGGAAGUGAGAAGCACUUCCUACUUCCUCACACACCACUGUAUAAACGCUGCUGCUCGGAGGGUCGAAUGCGGAAAAUAAUGUAGUUCUGAAAGAGAGAGAGAGAGAGAAAAGAAAAAAACCGACGCGGACAACUUUCGAGUCUUAAUAAACAAGGCCCGAGUUUGAGGAAGGCUCGCGGGGAAUGCGCGUGGAGGACGGCGGCUGUGUGCGGGGUGAAGCGGACCGAGCGGCUCGGAUGGCGGCGCGCGUGCGGAGCUGAGCUGAGUGACGAGGCGACUUCACACACCGGGCCUCGCAACUUCUGAAAGUUGUCCAGGACGAAGAAAAACCAGGCGUCGACAUGAAGAAGCAGUUUAAUCGCAUGAAGCAGCUCGCCAACCAAACGGUUGGAAGAGCGGAGAAGACAGAAGUCCUUAGUGAUGACCUUUUGCAGAUCGAGCGCCGCAUGGAGAAUGUGCGGUUGGUCUCGCAUAACGUGCACAAGAAGAUGGUGUCAUGUCUGCAGGGUCAUGUUGGAACCGAUGUGGAAAAGAGACACAAAAAGCUGCCUCUGAUGGGCCUCUCUCAGGCCAUGGUGGAUGGAGGGGGUCAGUUAGGAGAAGAGUGCAUGAUUGGGAAGAUGAUGGAAGCUUGUGGAGAAGCUGAAAGUAAGCUUGCCUUUGAGCAAAGCCAGCAUGAAGUCCAGCUUGAAAGGGACAUCCUGGACCCACUCAACCAGCUAGCAGAGGUUGAAAUCCCCAAUAUCAUGAAGCAGAGAAAGCAGCUGGCUAGGCUUGUCCUGGAUUAUGAUUCGGCAAGAGCGAGAUAUCAGCAGGCGAAUAAAGCAAUUCUCACAGCCACAAACAACCAGGCAAUGACUGCUAAAGCUGACUUGUGUAAAGAAGAGAUGGAUGAAGCCCACAACAAAGUAGAGAUCUGUAAGGAUCAGCUGGCUGCUGACAUGUACAACUUCUCUUCAAAGGAGGGAGAGUAUGCACAGUAUUACGUCAUGUUGUUAGAAGCCCAAGCUGAAUACCAUAGAAAGUCUCUGGCUUCCAUUGAAAGCGCCCUGCCCACUAUCAGAUCCCAGCAAGAGACAUGGAUGGAGAAGCCAGCAUUUGGUACAGCACUUGAGGAGCAUCUUAAGCGAAGUAACAGGGAAAUUGCUUUGCCUAUAGAGGCCUGUGUGAUGAUGCUGUUGGAAACAGGCAUGAAAGAGGAGGGAUUGUUUCGUAUUGCUGCAGGAGCUUCUAAACUUAAGAAGCUUAAAGCGGCUCUGGAUUGUUCAACUUCUCAGCUGGAGGAGUUUUACUCUGACCCACAUGCUGUAGCUGGAGCCCUGAAGUCUUACCUGAGGGAGCUUCCUGAACCGUUGAUGUCCUUCCAGCAGUAUGAUGAGUGGAUUCAAGCCUCAAAUAUUUCAGAUCCAGAUAAGAGAUUGCAGGCAUUGUGGGUAACAUGUGACAAUUUGCCAAAGGCCAACAAGGCUAACCUGAAAUAUCUGGUAAAGUUCCUUGCCAAGCUAGCUCAGGAGAGUGAGGUCAAUAAGAUGACCCCUAGCAACAUUGCCAUUGUACUGGGACCAAACUUGCUGUGGGCCAAAACUGAAGGGACUCUUGCUGAGAUGGCAGCUGCUACCUCAGUCCAUGUGGUGGCUAUAAUUGAGCCUAUCAUUCAGCAUGCAGACUGGUUUUUCCCAGAUGAUGUGGAGUUCAAUGUGUCGGGCAUGUUUGCGAUGCCCACUGGCCCUGUGCACCAGCUCGUGUACCCUGCUACCCCCGAACCUGAAUAUGCCUCUAUAGACCGCAGACGCCCAGGCAGCCAGGGGGCGCCAGAAAUAGAGACCCCCCGCAAAGACAGCCCCGCUAGCAAACAUCCGGAGCAUGCACCUCGUAGAACUGGCACUCUAAAUAGAAAGCAGCAGCAGCAGCAGCACACCUCUCCAGCCUUCCAGCCCCCUCUCCCUCCAGUGGAGGCAGGGGGGGUCCCAGCGUCCGAGGCCCCCUCUCAGUCAGCUGUAGGGGGCUCGGAGGCUGGUGCUAUAAUGUCUCAGAACCAGCAGCCUUUAAACCAGCAGCAAUCUGCUGAGGAGAGCAGUAGUGGUGUGCGAGAGCCAGCCUCUACACCUCCCCCCCUGAGAAAUGGUCCUGGAGGCCCCAGUGGUACACUUGGUCAGCUGAGUGUGGGGAUGGCAACAACUUCUACCAAGGGCCCCAGUCCGCACGUGGUGCGCAGGGGCACAAAGAAACAGGCUCCUGCACCACCUAAAGUGGCUCCCAACCCCUCUUCCUCUGCAACUACACCACUGAAAGCCACACCUCCCUCCUCUACACAGGCCCAGAACCAAAACCCAGCUUCAACUCCCUCCCAUCCUGUAACCCUACCUCGCCGCCACUCUGGUAACCAGAUGCCCAUCCAAGCCCCAAGUCACCCUCCUCCUCAGCCUCCACAGAAUGCAGCAGACCCGGAUCCAUCCCCUCCUAAUAGCCCCACUCCUCCUGACACUCCCCCACAUGACUCCGCCAACUCUGGUUCUUUGUAUCGCCCUCGGCCAGUUCCCAGACCACGACCUAGACCCAGUGUACCACCACCGCCCCAGCCUCCAAACGAGGGCACUAACGGAGUGUGCUCUUCAGCCUCCAAGAUCAUUACAGACGUGGGCGUGACAUUGAAGGCGCCUGGGCGGCUCCUUGUCCCAAAUAUAGCUGUGGAACAGUCUGUGACUACGCCCCCUGAUGCUGAGACCCAAUCAGAGAGCACCAUCCUUUGAGUAGGAGGAGGAGAUGAAACCCCUUCUUCUCAUGCAUUCAAUCAAUCACUCCCUUUAAUGCUGUUUUGCGGCAGAGCGUAGAUCUGCAGACAAUCCUGGCACUCCGGCAUCUUCUAGGCACCGAGGGAGUUUUUUAGACGCUGUUACUGUUUCAACAUUGCUGUCAUAUUGAAGCUUGAGGUAAGCGAUGAACUUGCUGUAUACUGUACCAAUAUCACACAAACUGUAACGUCACUAUCUCGUGCCAGAACGGUUCCAGAUGCUUCGGCUUUAAUUUUACAAAUAUGUUUUUGUGUGUGUGUGUGUGUGUGUGUGUGUGUUUGUGCUUUUGAGUUGUUUUUUAUGUGUAUUAUGACUUUGUGGAUGUUUUACCGGGCAUAAUUGUAAGGGAAGAGCAAAAACAACAAACUUUACUGUAUGUAAACGAGGUUCUCAUUCACACGCCAAAUUCUGUGUGUGCUUCUUCGUAUGAAUAGUAACAUCAUGUCUUAUUCCUGUCAGCCAUCUUUAUUUUGAACUCUGAAAGCGCAGGAUAUCGUUUUGAGUACUUAAGAGACCAAAAAACCUGUUAUAGGAAACUUGAUUGGAAUUGCCAUACAUAUGUAAAUGCAACAUGUGGCUAAAUAUCAAGUAUUAAUUUUUUUUUAGUAAUUUUAUUCCUGUGGUGCAAUAUUGAUUUGAUAGUUUGUUUGUUUUUUUCCCCUUACAUUGAGACAAUCACUAUAUCAACAUUGUAAUAAAAAUGAAUAAAAUUGUGAUGUUGCACAGGGUUUGAUUAAAUGGACCAAAUAAUAACAUACAGCAAUAAAACAGUCACAUAUCUGUUAAACAUCAUUGAAAUACAUGGACAUGAGGUUUUAAUAUUCAUUCCGGCUGUCUGUAUUUCUAAUUAUUUUUGCAUUCCUGGAAAUGUAAAUACAAUGUUCAACUAGUUGCAUAUUUCAGGGGAAAAUGCUAUUACAAAAAUGUCUUUCAAAAAUGACUCAAUUCCCAGUAAAUUUGAUUCAGUUGUAAAUGUGUCCUUUUUUUUUUUUUGCAUAUUUUGUUGGUAAUUUUCAAUAUUCAUUUUGCAAUGUUAAUUUUGCUCAUUUUCGCAAUCAGUGUGAAGAGGUGAAUGGUUUGGUUACGCUCAGGAAAUAGCAACCUAGAAAGCAAGUCCUUCAUAUAAUUACUGACAGUUUUUUUUUUCCAUCAAGCUACUUAUAAAUGACUUUAAAGACUUGUAAAUGCUGAUUUGUAUUUUUGUUCCACUUUUUUUUUCUUUCUUUUAUACUAUGUGCACCUUUUCUGCAGCUGCGCUGUUCUGCACAUCUCUCAAAGCAAAGAUACUCCAGUGUAUUGUACUGAUUACUGCUGUAUUUCCUACACAGCAAGUUGAAUGAUAUACAAUUACCUAAUAAAAAUGCCAGGCAAUAAAGAAAAUAAAAUUUCUGUUCAAAACAUA